CUUCACUCCUCGUUGAGUGGCUAUGCAGGGGCUGUGACGUUGCACAAAGCCUCUCUCUCACUCCUUUCUUGCUGCAUCACAACCGCCGCUAGUAGCUCCCUGGCUAUUUGCACUGACCGGGGGACAGGAUAAUCGCAUAGCUAAUUAGCAUAAUAAUAACUCUAAGGAUAACACUAGCUAACAUCACCACAACAGGAGUAAUCUACGGAAACGAUUUACAUUGAGCUAUCCCCUUGGAACCGCUGGGUCAUGGCCAGACAAGAUCAGGUCCUGCUCUUGGAGCCACAGCACGAACUGAAAUUCCGAGGUCCCUUCUCGGAUGUGGUCAACACCACCCUAAAGCUCGCCAACCCUACAGACAGGAAUGUGUGCUUCAAAGUCAAGACGACGGCCCCGCGCCGUUACUGCGUCCGGCCGAACAGCGGCGUCCUCGAUGCCGGCACCUCAAUCAACGUCUCAGUGAUGCUGCAGCCUUUCGACUACGACCCCAACGAGAAAAGCAAACACAAGUUCAUGGUGCAGUCCAUGCUGGCCCCACCCGAAAUGACAGACAUGGAGGGAGUGUGGAAGGAGGCAAAGCCAGAAGAGCUGAUGGACUCCAAACUGAGGUGUGUCUUUGAGCUGCCGGCGGAGAACGAGAAAACGCACCAAGACCCGGAUGCCAACAAGAUGAUGUCGUCCAACCUGCUCAAGUCAGAGUCCUCCACACUGUCCAUGAAGUCCAUGAGCUCCACCCUGGACGACGGCGAGGUCAAGAAGGUCAUGGAGGAGUGUAAGAGGUUGCAGACGGAGGCACAGCGGCUACGGGAAGAGAACAAGCAGAUCAGGGAAGACGAUGGCCUGAGGAUGAGGAAGAGCAAUGUGUUGUCCUCCUCCCAGCACUCCUCCCACUCCAUGGUGAAGGAGGAGGGGCUGAGCCUGCGCACAGUGGCCCUCAUCGUGCUCUUCUUCGUGGUCGGAGUCAUCAUCGGCAAGUUGGUCUUGUAAGAGCAAGCGGCGAGCGAGAGACGGCCAACCGCAUGCUUUCGGGGGAUUGAAACAAACGGAUUUGGGAUUUUUUUUAUUUCAGAAAUGCCAUAUCAAUGGGGUAGUUUUGAAUCGUUCAUUUAUGUACAAAUAAAAAAAGAUACAAAUCAAAAUUCCAUGUUAUGAACUAACCAACGAGAGAAAAAACAACAACAACUUGUUACAAGAUCUCUUUAAUCAUAACAUAAUCAUUCUGGCCUACGCCACAGAUACAGUAGGAGGGAGUAAAAUGCAGAUCAUUGAUAGUCAUUGAAGUGAAGGAUUUUCUAAACGCCGUGGGGGGGGCUUGCGAUUGGGUCAGUUUGCGUUGUGUGAAUGAAUGUUUUCACGGAUUGUCAUUUAUCUUCACAAGUGGCCACAGGCCGUAGGCAUACUCUGUGUAGUGAAUCCAUAGUAACCCUGGAUUAAAGUAAAACCAGGUGGGCAGCACUCUUUUUGUCUCACCUCCUUUACAACAUGAUUGACAGAGAGGCUUCAGGAAGUAGAUGGGAUUAUGCACAGGGCUACUGUCAACCAAACUGACUCUUCCAAUCAGAGGCUUUGUAUAGACCGUCUCCUCUGUGAUUGGGGAACAUCCUUAAUCGACACAACAACCCCCUCCUCCGUCUCCCCAUUCUCUGUUUUUCCAAGCUAGAACAUUUCCCCCCUUCUGAUCAUAAAUACCUGAGUUGGCAGUAUAUUCUUGAUUGCAUGCGUCCACUAAAGAGCGUUGCAUUUUUUGGGACAUUUUAAAUUUAAUUGAAUUGCAUUCAUCAUUGUGAUGUUUCUUUUCAGCCUUAGAUUUUCUCAACUCAACCGUCAGAUUUUAUUUUCCCCCUUUUCAUUUUUUUUCUUUUUUUUUCUUUUUUGUGAUAAAGUUUUUUUGGUUUUUAGGGUUUGAGGUAUUAUUAAAAAAUGUAUGCAGCUAAAUGAACACCGGAUGGGUUGGGACUGAGUCACUGAAUAACCUACUUACUUUGUGACUGUUAUUAGCACGUUAUUCUGGAAGGAAAGAAGGGAGAGAGGGAAUGAGGAAAGGUACUUGUAGAAGUGAGUUUUUUUGAGAUUUUGUCGGUUUUCUUUUUUCUUCUCCAAGCUGUACAUUUGUUGAUCUGUCAGGCAGAACUGUCAUUUAAAUGGUUUAUGCUGUCCGUUCACCAUGCUGUGACUGUCCACGUAACUCUUAAAGAACAUUUCUCCAACUGUAUGGUCAUUGGCUUCAUUCACCCCACUACGGUCAGCAUCGAUAGUUUUGGAUCUUUGUCUGUUUGUUUCACCGUUAUAAUUAUCACUGCACUCAUGUUCAUUUUAAUGCACUAUAUUGUCAAGAAUGUUUUUUUCCCAGUAUCUAUCAAUGUAACUGUUUUGUUAGUUGACGUGUCUCUGCAUUUAACUCACGACAUACUAAACUAUAUCCUGAAGGGACCAUUCUGCCUUUUGUGUUUGUCCCUACUGUUUUUGAUUGCUUUGUCCUUAAUGGGAUUCAUGUCAAAAAUGCAAUACACUCAAUUUCUUUCAUCUCACUGUCGCAGAUUAUGGAUAACAAAAAAUAACUUGCCGAUGGAAGUAUGGAUUUGAGGAAAGAGCGAGGGAUUGAGUAACCUACUGUAUCUACGUGUGACUGAGAGUAACCUACUGUAUCUACGUGUGACUGAGCAUAACCUACUGUAUCUGUGUGACUGAGCAUAACCUACCGUAUCUGUGUGACUGAGCAUAACCUACCGUAUCUGUGUGACUGAGCAUAACCUGUAUCUACGUGUGACUGAGCACAACCUACUGUAUCUACGUGUGACUGAGCAUAACCUACUGUAUCUGUGUGACUGAGCAUAACCUACUGUAUCUACGUGUGACUGUGUAACAUACUGUAUCUACAUGUGACAGAGUAACCUACUGUAUCUACGUGUGACUGUAACCUACUGUAUCUACGUGUGACUGAGCAUAACCUACUGUAUCUACAUGUGACUGAGCGUAACCUACUGUAUCUAUGUGUGACUGAGCGUAACCUACUGUAUCUAUGUGUGACUGAGCGUAACCUACUGUAUCUACGUGUGACUGAGCGUAACCUACUGUAUCUACGUGUGACUGAGC